AAGGGGUUUAACACCUAAUGAGCGAUAAGGGACGUGCUUUUCCAGAAUGGGCACCUCCUGAAAUCGUUUCAGCAUACUCGGAAAAAAAUAUCACAUCCUUGUUUGACUGGCAAGCAGAGGUACUAGACUUUGCGGAAACGAAUGAUGACAAUAUCGUGUUUUGCGCUCCAACAAGUGCGGGGAAAAGCAUUGUUGCAGAACUGAUAGCUCUGCGAGCGGCUUUGUCGGGCAAGAGAGUAUUGUUUCUACUGCCUUACAUCUCGGUGGCAAAGGAAAAGUUGCGGUUUCUACAGCGUGCAUGGCGUCGCAUGGAUGUACAAGUGGCAGCAUUUGUUGGCGCUCAGUCUGCUCCAUCUAGAGAAUGGACGGCUGCUGUAUGCACUACAGAAAAAGCAAACAGUCUUUUGAACCAUGCUAUGCUCGAUGGAUUGAUGGAUGAAAUUGGCCUCAUUGUCAUCGAUGAGCUUCACAUGAUUUUUGACCCAUCUCGCGGUGUGAUUCUGGAGUCACUUUGUGCUAAGAUCAAUCUGUGGAACACACGUAAUCGAGAUAGAAGAAUCCGCAUGAUAGGCAUGAGUGCAACGCUGGAAAAUUUGAACGCUGUUGGUGAAUGGUUAAAGGCGAAGGUGUUCGAAACUCAUUUUCGUCCCGUUGAUCUGAAUGAGCGGAUCUGUUGCGAUGGUCAUAUUAGUGAGCUUAGUAGUGGCAAUGUUAUCAGAGAUGUUCCUAACCGCUUUCGAGUGUCAGAGGAUCCGGAAUGUGUUCUCGGCCUAGCAGCUGAAGGAAUAUAUUUGAAGAAACUUGUACUCGUCUUCAGUUCUUCCAAAGCCGAUGUGGAAAAGAUAGCUCUUGACUUGGCAAAAAUACUGGAUGGAAUCUACCGAUCUAAUCAUGUUAUUGCUGGUCGUGUAAAUCGUGCUGGACUUCAAGCUGUUCAAGCAGAUAUCCAGCGAUCUGCGGGCACACUAGAUCCUAUACUAGCGCAAACUCUUCCAAGAGGUGUAGCUUUCCACCAUGCAGGUCUAACAUCUGAGGAGAGAGAAUGUAUAGAAGAGGGUUUCCGAAGCGGUGUGAUUAUGGUGCUUGUGGCCACCAGCACUCUUUCCUCAGGCGUGAAUUUACCCGCUGGUAGGGUGGUUAUCAAGGCGCAAAUUCGUGGUCCUGCUGCCAUCAGCGCUACUACUUACAAGCAGAUGAGCGGACGUGCUGGACGAUUGGGACAGGUUGAAAUAGGAGAAAGCAUUCUUGCCGUGAAGAAAAGUGAUCUGAAAGAGACACUUCGAUUGAUUCGCCUUAGCUCUUCGAUGUCUGAACGAGCUAAGAGAGACCAUACCAGGCUCACUCUGGAGUGUGUUUGCGAUGGGUUAGCUACAAGAACCAACGAGUUAGGAGAAAUCUCAAAAUCAACGCUAUUUGAACCUCUAAAAAGUGGGGAAGACAUUGUAUGUGAUCUCGUCAAAAACCGUUUUCUUACUGUUGAUGAGGAAAUUUCUAGUCAGGACUCUUCUGUUUUGGCACCGACCCAACUUGGUCGAGCUACUCUGGUAUCGGCUCUGCCACCGGAUGCUGCUCUGUUCGUGUUUGCUGAUCUUCAACAAGCCACAAGAGCUGUGGCAGUGGACACUGAACUUCAUAUGCUUUACCUUGUCACACCGACAAACUGCUCUAUCUGGCAAGGUUGUGAUUGGAAUCAUCUGCAUUCGAUUUUCACGCAGCUGGAGGAUGGAGAGAAAAGAGUUGCGAAAUUGGUGGGAGCGAAUGAUCGUUUCCUUCUGUCGCGCCUUCGUGGUACAAGCAUCAAAAACUCUGAUCGUAGUUAUCAGCUUCAUCUGCGCUUUUUCUCGGCCCUCGCCCUCUACGACGUCGUUAACGAAAAACCGAUUGAUGAGGUAGCGCGUCGCUUCCGAAUUAGCCGAGGAACAUUGCAAACUUUACAGCAGCAAAGUGCUACCUAUGCUGCCAUGGUUGUUGCGUUUUGUUCCCGACUGGGUUGGACUUACUUGCAUGAUCUGCUCAAGGGUUUUGCUGCGCGACUGGCGUUUGGAGUGCGAAGGGAGCUUACCGAACUCGUUUCAAUCGAUGGACUGGAUGCUAGUCGUGCUAGAGUAUUUCACGACAACGAUAUCACUUCCUUCGCUCAGCUAUCAAAUUGCCCUACAAGCAGAGUGGCCGAGAUUCUUUCCCUGGCUGUGCCUUUCAAUAGUGAAAACACUACCGAUGGUCUCAAUGAAUGGCUGUCUGGUGAGCCACGUAUGCGACUUGUUGAAGCUGCUGAAUUGCUGAGAGAGCGAGCCUCAGUGGCUGUCAAAGAGCACCUUCGGUCGCUGGGAUUAAAUGUGGACAGUUUGGAGCAACUUUCACAGAUCAUAUCGAAUAGCCCUGCCGCUAAGAAAGAUGAGGAACCGCCGGAAAGUAGGGGCAAAGAUGUGGAACCGCCGAAAAAAGAAACACGUCGUUCUACGAAAGUUCGCAGAAGCAUGUCAAUCAUUGAAGUAACGCCAACAAAAAUGCCGAAGAAGCCAACAUAUAGACGUUCGUCUUUAGCUUCUGCGGUUCCAAAGAGAGUGGCCCUUCGUGAAAUCAAGAAAAAUGUUUCUACUGCCGUAGAACUGAAUAGCACAAGCAAUAGCAGCAUGCUGGAAGAGCACAGCAUUGACCUGUUCAGCGAAAGCAUGGAAGAGUUGACAAUCGACGAUAGUAAGCCAGUCCGUCGAAAGUCUGCUGUCAUCCGCGAUGAAUUUGAUGAGACGAUUGACGACCUGGAGAGCAGUCUCUCGAAGGUUUCGGUCAUUUGUGAGAAAGAAAAUCAGCCUCCUCCGUCUGCCAGUGCGGUCCAUUUGACUCUUGCUGAUUCUGGUUAUAGUGAGGAAUCCUGUGGCUCUGGAGAACCUUCCGUUCUUCGUGAUAGCAAAAUGCCCGCCGUGUCGCUGUCACAACAUCCGUCGCAUAAGAGACUUAGAAACAGCAAUAAAGCUGCAAACUCCCCUACAAGUAAGAGUCCUGCGGGUAAAACUCGCCGGAUAGAGCGUCCCAAUCACACCAACUCCUCCCAUGAGUUCGAAGAGUUUGAUGUAGAUGAUGUUUGCAGAACCGAAUCUGCUUGGAAUCAAUUUGUGAAACAGAGUUCAUCGUGGUCGAGAGUGGGAGCUGCAUUAGCGAUCAAAUAUCGCCUUGUUGAGAAUGUUCUUCUGCAUGGAAUCUCUUUUUGUACUCCAGAUGGCACACCAAAAUACAUACCGCUAAGCGAUGAAUAUUUUCCAGGCAAUGAUGCUGAAGAAGAGCUGUGCCCGUCUUCUACACCUUCGCAAUCUAUCUCGCUUGAUGAACGAUUGUCGCGCGUCACUUCCAUUCUCCAUUCUUGCGAAGUAAUCUUUCCGGAUGCUUUGAGUGAUUGCCGAAUGUUGUGGAAGAGUUUUAAAUUGAAGGCCAGUGAACCAAUCUCCGUCUCAUAUGUGGCAUUUCUUGCACAUCUACGAGAAGGGGAGCAGGCGCUUCCCAUUCGUGAUAUUGCUGCGAAAUACAAGUGGGACAUUGACAUAAAUAAAAUGCUUCGAAUGAAUCCCAGAAUAAGUUCUGCCGUGCAGUCCUAUUUGGCGCCGAGGCUCUUUGAUCUUCUGUCUCCACUUGCGGUACAAUGCUCCUCUGAAGACAGUUUAAGCCUUGAAGUGCGAGCUCUGCAGGUAGUAAGCACCAUGUGCUUGGAUGGUUUCCGUUUCGAUGAGAAGAUGUGCCGUUUGCUGGUUAAGAAUGUGAAGGAAAGGAUAGAAAGUCUAGAGCAAGAGUGUUGUGAUCUAGCAGGUCGCAACUUCAACUUGGGCAGUCCUUCGCAAGUUGCUGAGGUUCUUUUUACUCGUUUGAAAUUGCCCCAUCCCGGUGGCCCCGCGAAGAAACAGCACAUGUCCACAAACAAGGCAGUCCUUGAGCAGAUGAAAUCGCAGCAUCCCAUUGUUGAGAAGAUUCUGGAACAUCGACAUCUCAGUCAUGCCAUGAGUCAAAUCAUUCCAUUACAACGAUUCGUUAGCGAUGAUGGAUUUGUGAGAACACAUUGUGAAAUGCAUACUGCGACCGGACGAAUAUUGACAUUUGAACCGAAUUUGCAGAAUAUCCCUAAGGAUGUCCUCAUAGAUGACCUUAGUAUUCGUCAUCUCUUUGUGGCUCAAAAAGGUUGUAUCUUAAUGAGCGCCGAUUACAGUCAGCUUGAAUUACGUGUACUGGCACAUCUAAGCGAGGAUCCUUCACUCAUCAAACAUCUUAGCAGCGGUCGUGACUUUUUCAAGGACUUAGCUGCAAAGUGGCAAGUCACUCGAGAAACGGUAAAGACGCUCUGCUAUGGCAUCAUUUACGGAAUGGGCGGUAGAACGAUGGGUCAGAUGACUAACAAAUCGGUCGCGGACGCAAACAAAUUGAUACAGAACUUCUUCAAGGAAUUUCCCAAAGUGCGCACAUACAUCAACAAUACAAAGGAUAAAGGUGUUGACGAUGGAUACGUAACUACCUAUCUAGGUCGGCGUAGAGUGACAAAUAGCGCCAAGGGACGUCAAAAAGAUGUGGCCCGAGAUGAUAGGCAAAGUAUGAAUUACACCGUACAAGGAACAGCCAGCGAGGUUUUCAAGAAAGCGCUGGUUAGAAUGGAUGAUACAAAAAUGGGCUCAACACAUAUCGUGCUCACAAUUCAUGAUGAGGUUAUUGUCGAAUGUGCCAAGGAAGAUGAAGAGGAAACAGUGAUUUGGAUCCGCGAUUGCCUAGAAAACGUCUUUCCAGAUUUCAAAGUACCUCUGCCAGUGAAGGUCCGCAAAGGACCGAACUGGGGAUCGCUCACACCUAUAUAACGGUUUUAAUUACCUCUC